GAGGACCCCCGGCAUUCCUCGGGCUCCCCAGAGGACACUCCUCGGAGCAGCGGCGCCUCUGGCAUCUUCGACCUAAAGAACUUGGCCGCUGACUCGCUGCUGCCCUCGCUGCUGGAGCGGGUGGCCCCCGAGGACGUGGACCGGCGCAACGAGGCCCUGCGGAGGCAGCACCGGGCCCGCACCCUGCUCACCCUCUACCCGGCACCUGACGAGGACGAGGCCGUGGAGCGCUGCAGCCACCCGGAGCCGCCCUGCGAACACUUUGGACAGAGGAUCCUGGUCAAGUGUCUGUCACUUAAGUUCGAGAUCGAGAUUGAGCCCAUCUUUGGCAUCUUGGCCCUGUACGAUGUGCGGGAGAAGAAGAAGAUCUCGGAGAACUUCUACUUUGACCUGAACUCAGACUCUGUGAAGGGAUUGCUGCGGGCCCACGGCACUCACCCGGCUAUUUCCACCCUGGCCCGCUCUGCCAUCUUCUCUGUGACCUAUCCCUCGCCCGACAUCUUCCUGGUCAUCAAGCUGGAGAAGGUAUUACAGCAGGGAGACAUCAGCGAGUGCUGUGAGCCCUACAUGGUGAUGAAGGAGGUGGACACAGCCAAGAACAAGGAGAAGCUGGAGAAGCUUCGCCUAGCGGCUGAGCAGUUCUGCACCCGCCUGGGCCGCUACCGUAUGCCAUUUGCCUGGACGGCCGUGCACUUAGCCAACAUCGUGAGCAGCGCUGGGCAGCCGGACCGGGACUCCGACUCCGAGGGCGAGCGCCGACCCGCCUGGACUGACCGCCGCCGUCGGGGGCCCCCAGAUCGGACGAGUAGCGGGGACGACACCUGCAGCUUCUCCAGUUUCCGCCCGGCCACACUCACUGUCACCAACUUCUUUAAACAGGAGGCCGAGAGGCUCAGUGAUGAGGACCUCUUCAAGUUCCUGGCUGACAUGCGGCGCCCCUCGUCCUUGCUACGGCGUCUGCGGCCUGUGACCGCCCAGCUCAAGAUCGACAUUUCCCCGGCCCCCGAGAACCCCCACUUCUGCCUGUCCCCGGAGCUGCUUCAUGUCAAACCCUACCCAGACCCCAGGGGCCGGCCCACCAAGGAGAUCCUGGAGUUUCCCACCCGUGAGGUCUACGCCCCCCACACAAGCUACAGGAACCUGCUCUACGUGUACCCGCACAGCCUCAACUUCAGCAGCCGCCAGGGCUCCGUGCGCAACCUCACCGUGCGAGUGCAGUACAUGGCGGGCGAGGACCCCAGCCAGGCCCUGCCGGUCAUCUUUGGCAAGUCCAGCUGCAGCGAAUUCACCCGGGAGGCCUUCACGCCGGUGGUCUACCACAACAAGUCCCCUGAGUUCUACGAGGAGUUCAAGCUGCAUCUUCCGGCCUGUGUGACCGAGAACCACCACCUGCUCUUCACCUUCUACCACGUCAGCUGCCAGCCCCGCCCGCGCACAGCCCUGGAGACGCCCGUGGGCUUCACGUAUCCACUGCUGCAGCACGGCCGCCUGAGGACCGGCCCCUUCUGCCUCCCCGUGUCUGUGGACCAGCCCCCGCCCAGCUACUCCGUGCUCACACCUGACGUGGCGCUGCCGGGCAUGCGCUGGGUGGACGGCCACAAGGGCGUGUUCAGCGUGGAGCUCAUGGCUGUGUCCUCCGUGCACCCCCAGGACCCAUACCUGGACAAGUUCUUCACCCUGGUGCAUGUCCUGGAGGAGGGUGCCUUCCCGUUCCGGCUCAAGGACGGCGUGCUGAGCGAGAGCACCGUGGAGCAGGAGCUGCGGGCCAGCCUGGCGGCCCUACGCCUUGCGAGCCCCGAGUUCCUCGUUGCCUUCUCUCACCACGUGCUGGACAAGCUCGUACGUCUGGUCGUGCGGCCCCCCAUCAUCGGCGGCCAGAUCGUGAACCUGGGCCGUGGAGCUUUUGAAGCAAUGGCCCAUGUAGUCAGCCUCAUCCAUCGGAGUCUAGAGGCUGCCCAGGACGCCCGUGGUCACUGCCUGCUGCUGGCGGCCUAUGUCUACUAUGCCUUCCGACUGCCUGGCACAGAGCCCGGCCCCCUGGGUGGGGCCCCUCCGGUGGCAGUGCAGCCUGCCACGCUGGCCCGUGGCCCCGGCCGCCCUGCCAGCCUCUACCUGGCUCGCUCUAAGAGCAUCAGCAGCAGCAACCCUGACCUGGCCGUGGCCCCUGGCUCUGUGGACGACGAGGUCUCCCGCAUCUUGGCCAGCAAGGGUAUCGACCGCUCACACUCCUGGGUGAAUUCUGCCUAUGCUCCAGGAGGCAGCAAGGCUGUGCUGCGCCGGGCACCCCCUUAUUGUGGGGCCGACCCCAGACAGCUGCUUCACGAGGAGCUGGCUCUGCAGUGGGUGGUGAGCGGCAGUGCCGUGCGUGAGGCCGUCCUGCAGCACGCCUGGUUCUUCUUCCAGCUCAUGGUGAAAAGCAUGGCCCUGCACCUGAUUCUGAGCCAGCGGCUGGACUCGCCCCGUAAGCUUCGCUUCCCCGUGCGUUUCCUGGAUGACAUCGCGGCCCUGGUGGGCUCUGUGGGCCUGGAGGUCAUCACCCGGGCCCACAAGGACGUGGAGCAGGCCGAGCGCCUCAACAUCAGCCUGGCCUUCUUCCUCAGCGACCUGCUGUCCCUGGCGGACCGCGGCUUCGUGUUCAGCCUGGUCCGGGCCCACUACAAGCAGGUGGCCACGCGGCUGCAGUCGGCCCCCAACCCAGUGGCGCUGCUGACCCUGCGAUUGGACUUCACCCGCAUCCUGUGCAGCCACGAGCACUAUGUGACCCUCAACCUCCCCUGCUGCCCGCUGUCGCCCCCGGCCUCACCCUCCCCCUCCGUGUCCUCCACCACCUCGCAGAGCUCCACCUUCUCCAGCCAAGCCCCCGACCCCAAGGUGGUCAGCAUGUUUGAGCUGAGUGGGCCAUUCCGACAGCAGCACUUCCUGGCUGGGCUCCUGCUGACGGAACUGGCGCUGGCCCUGGAGCCUGAGGCCGAGGGGGCAUCCCAGCUGCACAAGAAGGUCAUCAGUGCCGUCCACAACCUGCUCUGUGGCCAUGAUGUUGACCCCCGUUACGCCGAGGCCACAGUGAAGGCCCGGGUGGCCGAGCUGUACCUACCGCUGCUGUCGAUCGUCCGGGACACGCUGCCACGGCUGCAUGAUUUCGCUGAGGGCCCGGGUCAACGGUCAAGGCUGGCUUCCAUGCUCGACUCAGACACAGAAGGGGACGGGGACUUUGGAGGCACCAUCAACCCCUCAGUGGCCAUGGCCAUUGCUGGUGGGCCCCUGGCCCCUGGCUCCCGGGCCAGCAUCUCCCAGGGCUCAGCGACUGGCUCUCGCUCCGGCUGCCCUCUCUCUGCCGAGUCCAGCCGGACCCUGCUGGUGUGUGUGCUGUGGGUGCUGAAGAAUGCAGAGCCAGCCCUCCUGCAGCACUGGGCUGCCGACCUGGCCCUCCCUCAGCUGGGUCGUCUCUUGGACCUGCUGUACCUCUGCCUGGCUGCCUUCGAGUACAAGGGGAAAAAGGCCUUUGAGCGCAUCAACAGCCUCACAUUCAAGAAGUCCCUGGACAUGAAGGCUCGACUGGAGGAAGCCAUCUUGGGCACCAUUGGAGCACGACAAGAGAUGGUGCGACGGAGCCGUGAGAGGAGCCCGUUUGGGAACCAGGAGAACGUACGCUGGCGGAAGAGCAUCACACACUGGAAGCAGACCUCGGACCGUGUGGACAAGACCAAGGAUGAAAUGGAGCAGGAGGCCUUGGUGGAAGGGAACCUGGCCACCGAGGUGAGCCUGGUAGUUCUGGACACGCUGGAGAUCAUCGUGCAGACGGUGAUCCUGUCCGAGGCCCGGGAGAGUGUCUUGGGUGCGGUGCUGAAGGUGGUGCUGUAUAGCCUGGGUAGCUCCCAGAGCGCCCUCUUCCUGCAGCACGGCCUGGCCACGCAGCGGUCCCUGGUGUCCAAGUUCCCAGAGCUGCUGUUCGAGGAGGACACGGAGCUGUGCGCCGACCUCUGCUUGCGGCUCCUGCGACACUGCGGCAGCCGCAUCAGCACCAUCCGCACGCACGCCAGCGCCUCCCUCUACCUCCUCAUGCGCCAGAAUUUCGAGAUCGGCCAUAACUUUGCCCGAGUGAAGAUGCAAGUGACCAUGUCACUGUCGUCCCUGGUGGGGACGACGCCGAACUUCAGUGAGGAGCACCUGCGACGGUCACUCAAGACCAUCCUCACCUACGCCGAGGAGGACGUGGGGCUGCGAGACAGCACUUUCGCCGAGCAGGUCCAGGACCUGAUGUUCAACCUGCACAUGAUCCUGACGGACACCGUGAAGAUGAAGGAGCAUCAGGAGGACCCCGAGAUGCUCAUUGACCUCAUGUACAGGAUUGCCCGGGGCUACCAGGGCUCCCCGGACCUGCGGCUGACGUGGCUGCAGAACAUGGCGGGGAAGCACGCGGAGCUGGGCAACCACGCGGAGGCCGCACAGUGCAUGGUGCACGCGGCCGCGCUGGUGGCGGAGUACCUGGCCCUGCUGGAGGACAGCCGCUACCUGCCCGUCGGCUGCGUUUCCUUCCAAAACAUCUCGUCC